AUGGCUUCCACCUCCAAGCAGCCAAUGGGAACUCUACUAGGGAAACCAGACCAGAAUCCCACAAAGUACUGCAAUGUUACCCUCUCUACUACUUCUUCAGAGAUUGAGCUGAAUGAGCACAAGAAAGAGGUAGAUGAGAUUGAAAAAUUGGUGUUUGGAACUGAUAUUGGACAGGUUGAGCAACAGAUUGUGACAACAAGUGGGGCAAAGAUUGUGGAGAAAGUAUACAAGCUGGUUGCAACUAAGGUUGUGAAGAGAGAUGGACACAAGGUUGAGAUGGUCACGCAGGAGGACACCACUGAGGUUGAGCAGUCACCUUAUGAUAAACUCCCAUUUCCACAGAGGGUCCUCACCAAAGCUCAGAAGAAGGUCAUCUCCAAGUUCAGGAAAGAUCUUAGUGAUGUUGGGGUAAAGCUUCCAGAGAUCUCGGGUAUGCGAGAGGCUCGUGUACAAAUGAUGCUCAUCAAGGACAUUCUAACUCACAAAGAUAAGGUAGCAGAGCUCCUGGACUUCUCUACUCUGCAACUUGACCCACAAGUCCCACCAAAGUCUCUCUCUAAACAAGAACACCAGGGGAUGUUUACCUUGUCUUGCUCCCUUGGUAAGCUCACUUUUGAUGAUGCUCUUGUUGAUUCUGGUGCAAGUGUGAAUGUGAUCUCUAUAGAGAUGGUAAAGACUCUAGGGAUUGAGAGCAUGGAGCCAACCAGAUCUUUACUACAGUUUGGGGAUUCUUCUUCUACAACCCCAAUUGGUCUCAUCAAGGAUUUUCGUAUGAAGAUUGGAGCAUGCACCAUCCCUGUUGACCUCACUGUCCUAAAGAUGGCAACUGCAAAGAGGUUCCCACUCAUCCUUGGCACUCCAUUUCUCACAACUGUAGGAGCUUGCAUAGACUUUGAUAACAAGAAGGUCACACUCCUCAAAGUGAACAAAGUUGUCUCAUAUCCUCUCCAGCCCCUAGAGAUGAAGUCUGUGUAUUGUGGAACAAUCACUUGUGAAGCAUCAUCCAUUGAGAAACCAAAGGAUGAAGUGCUGUAUGUUGAGAAAGAAACUCUUGCUGGAGAGUCCUCUACAGAGAUGUGUGAUGAGCACUUGGAAAGUGCUAAAAAGGAGGAGGUGAGUAGAGCCACAAAGGCUACUCAUGUCAAGAAGAAGAUGAUGAAAGAACCUCACCCUCCACCUCUUGAUACACUGCCACACACUCUGACUCUUCACCCAAUGAAGCUUAAGGAUGGAGCUAUUGAGUACAAGAUCAGAUGUAAAGGAAAGACUACAUCAUUCUCAAGUGCAAGGGCCAUCAUCACUCAGGAGCUCCAAGAUGAUCCAAUCAAGAUUCAAGAGCUCCUCUCUCAGGUCCUGACCAUCACUCUUAAUAGUGGGAAGGACCCCCCUUCUCCACUCUCCAUUUGA